GUCACGACCGAGUUGCCAUGGCUCUGCUGAACCGUCUGGCUUCCGCGCUGGAGUCCCACCGGGUCCGGGACCGCCUGGUGAGAGGAAGUCUGGGGCCUUGGCGGGACCGGAGUGACCUGGAGUUUGGUCAGGUCUCAGAGAUGAGGAAAACAGGCCAGAGAGGGGGUCCUAAAGGGACCGGUGUCUUACAUGACAGCAGGCUGUCGGCAGGCUGGUGUCUUACCUGAGAACUUCCUACCUCAGCCUCCCGAAUUGCUGGGAUUACAGAUCCGGACACUGGGGUAUUGCUGCCAGCUGAUCGGUGGGGUCCUAGUGGAACAAUGCCCCAACAGGUCCGAAGUGGGAAGGCGCUUGCUGGUGGUGUCAGCCCAGUUCAAUCAUUGCAGGACUGUCUUGAGACUCUUUGAUGACCUGGCCAUGUUUGUCUACACUAAGCAGUAUGGCCUGGGAACAAAGGAGGAGGACAUCUUCAUCCGAUGGCUGUCUGUCCUGAGUAAUGUGACUGACCAACUGUACUAUCCUUGUGAGCAUAUCGCCUGGGCUGCCGAUGCCAAGGUCCUCCGGGUGGACUCUGCUUGGUGGUGGACACUGAACACAGCCCUCUGGACUCUCUCUCUACUUCUUGGAGCUGUCAAGGCCCUGUGGACAAUGCUGAAGCUUAGACAGAAGCUGCGGAGCCCCACAGGCACCUCUGCAAGCCAGCUGCCCAGGAGCAAGCGGAGGGCCAUGGAGGCAAGGAUAUGCUCAGAGGUUUUAACUCUACUCAGCAACCUGGCUGACCUGGCAAAUGCUGUGCACUGGUUGCCCCGAGGUGUCCUGUGGGCUGGCCGCUUCCCUCCUUGGCUGGUGGGUCUCAUGGGCACCAUCUCCUCCAUCCUCAGCACAUGCCAAGCUGUCAGGGCUGGCAGACAGGCCGAGGCAGACAGCCCUUGAUGAGGCCCUGAAGUGGCAGGUGGAGGACACUGUGGUGCUCAACAGGACUCAGAUUCCCAGAGUGGGAAUCACUGGCCACUGGUGCAUCCAUAAGUGUGUACUCCGGUGCUGGCCCCUGGGCAGGGUGGGAAAGGGGCUGAAAUGAGAUCUUCUCAGGCCCCAGCCAGGGUUUCAGGGGAAGCUGCUUUCUUGGGAAGAGGGGGGCACAUGAGAACUUCAGGACUCUCAGAGCCAAGGGCAAGGUUUGCAAAGUCCCAGGAGGACACUGCUAGAGCCUCCUACCUGCUGGCUUGCCUAAAGGUGAGUGGGAGAGACACAUGCCUCAGGUCGGGCUUCGGCAAAGCUGGAAUAUAGGAAUGUCUAUUAAAAUCUCUUGGUAUGGUGCCAGUGUGUGCAUGAGGUGAUUAGAGCAGUCUCACUCUGGCCUUCCCUCCUCUGGGCCUAUGUCACAAGGUUUGCUCUCACAAGUGCACUGAACACGAGUGGGAAACCACUCAUCUCUGUUCUACCCCCCAGCCUACUGGCCUCAGAAUCUGACUGACCUCUGCCCACUGAGCCCAGGACUAGGAUCACGCUCUGCACUUCCUGUGGUUCUCAGAGGGAAACUGUUGGUCACUGCCUCCAGGAAGGCCACCCUUAAAUGAGGGACCUCAAGGGCUGCAGUGUUCCCAUUUAAGCUGGGGCCAGGCCAUGGUUGUCGGCCUCUCUGAAGAUGUGUAGAUGGAUUUGUGUCCUCUAUCAAAGAGACCAUGGUAGAUUGUGCCUUUUCUUCUUAAGCAGUUUGAGUGUUUAUUACAUUUGUGUGUGUGUGUGUGCACGUGUGUGUCACGGCUCUCACCAUCCACGUCCUAGAGAUUGAGCUUGGUUUGUUAGGCUUGGCUGCAGGCGCCAGUACUCAUGGGGCCUUCACCUGUUCACAUGCAUCGUUUUUGAUCUGAAAGCUAAGCAUGUCUGCGAGACUCUGAGCCCAGCCUAGGAGACAGUGGCCCUUGAACUUUAUAUGAUCCAACCUUUUGUGUUUGUCUUGAGACAGUCCUGCUGCACAGGCAAGGCUCCUUCCUAAGUACAGCAAUGUCUUUUCUUUCCCUUUCUCCCCCUCCCUACUAGGGAUGGAUGACUUGUGUGCUCUACUGUCAAGAUACAAUGCCCUCUGGCCCUCUCCCCUUCUGGUGUUGGCCAAAGUCCAAGAAACUUUUUUUUUUUUUUUUUAAAUGUGGAAGAUAGGUGUUUGUGGGCCACCGGGAUGCUGGACCCACUGGGGUGGAGGGUUAGAGGACCCCAGCAAAGCAUUCCACCCUUUUGCUUAUGGGCACCUGUGCAGAGCUCAUGAGUAGGCCAGGAUCAGCUCCUAUCUCUGGUGGUCCCACCUGCUCGAACUCUUAAGACCAUCAGGUAGGAGUCCUGGUAUCUGUUCCCCACCUAAAGACUGAGCCCAUGAGGCUCUCAGAUGAGUGCCUUACCUAGUCAGGGUGCCAGGAAGACAGGCUGAGCUUGAGGUCCAAGCCUUGCACAGGAAGACUUUGACAUGAACAGUGUAUGGUGCAGACAUGGAACCAAAGGACAGAUACUUCUAGAAAAGGCAGCCCACCCGAGCUGUGCAGUGGUUCUAAGAUCUCAUGUGUACCAGCCAAGUCCUCCAUCAGUUGAGCUCCAGUCCCCAUUACAGCUUAUUUUUCUGUGUUUGAGACAAGGUCUUAUUUGGUUAGGUUGCCUUGAAUUUACUAUGUAGUCAAGGACGCGUGAAACUUCUUUUUGAGACAUGGUCUCCCUAUGUACUCCCUAUGUAGCCUCGGCUGGCCUCAAACUCAUAGAGGUCUGUCUGCCUCUGCCUCCUGAGUGGUGGCAUUAAAGGUGUGUGCCGCCAUACCCAACUAAACUUUUAUUUUUCAGAAAAAGACUUACUUGUGUAUGUACCUCACGCAUGCCUGGUGCCUAUGGAGGUUGGGUCCCCUAGAACUGGAGUUAACAUGAUUUGGAGCCACCAUGGGAGACAAACCCAGGCCAUGUCAAAGAGUACCCAGUGCUCUUCAACACUGAACCACCACAUCUCCAGCCCCCAGACCUUAAACAUAAAAUAAAAAAGUAAAUAACUAAA